UCCUUUCUCUGCCGGCGGCGGCGGAGGAAGCUGGUGGUGCUGCGGCGACGCCGCCGCCAUCUUGGAUUUUACUCUCCAUUUUUUCUCUGGAAUUAUUUUUUGGUGAUUAAUUUUCUUUGGGGGAAGAAAGGGCCGCGGACAGCGCGUGCCCCGCUCGGAGCCGCGGGGCAGCCGGGCCUCCGAUCCCGGUCCCGUCCUCCUCCCGAGGGGAGCGGGCGGCGUUCGGGCGGAGAGAAAAUUGAAAUUAUUCUCUAAGCUAUUUGAAGAGAGUGACUAAAUGCCACUGGGUCGGGCUGUCUGUGGGUAUGAAGUGGUUGGGAGACUCCAAGAACAUGGUGGUGAAUGGCAGGAGAAAUGGAGGCAAGUUGUCUAAUGAACACCAGCCGAGUCAAUCCAAAUUUCAGCACACGGGAAAGGACGCCCUGAAGGCUGGCCGAAAUGCAGUUGAGAGGAGGUCGAGCAGAUGUAGCGGGGCUUCGGGGUUUGAAGGACAGAGUCGCUAUGUACCUUCUUCUGGGAUGUCUGCCAAGGAGCUGUGUGAAAAUGACGACCUAGCCACCAGUCUGGUGCUUGACCCCUACCUAGGCUUUCAGACUCACAAAAUGAACACUAGCGCCUUUCCUUGGAGGAGCUCCAGGCAUUUUACCAAAUCUGACAGUUGCCCUCACACGCACCAGGUGAGAUUUCGUCCUAUUAAAGGGAGGCAAGAAGAGCUGAAGGAGGUGAUUGAACGCUUUAAAAAGGAUGAGCACUUGGAGAAGGCCUUCAAAUGCCUGACCUCGGGCGAAUGGGCACGGCACUAUUUCCUUAACAAGAAUAAAACGCAAGAGCGAUUGUUCAAAGAACACGUAUUUAUUUAUUUGCGAAUGUUUGCAACUGACAGUGGAUUUGAAAUCCUACCUUGCAAUCGGUAUUCAUCAGAACAGAAUGGAGCCAAAAUCGUUGCAACAAAAGAGUGGAAACGGAAUGACAAGAUAGAAUUGCUGGUGGGUUGUAUUGCUGAACUUUCAGAAAUAGAGGAGAACAUGCUACUUAGACAUGGAGAAAAUGAUUUCAGUGUCAUGUAUUCCACCAGGAAAAACUGUGCUCAGCUCUGGCUUGGUCCUGCUGCCUUUAUAAACCAUGAUUGCAGACCUAACUGUAAGUUUGUUUCAACUGGUCGGGAAACAGCAUGUGUAAAAGCCCUGAGAGAUAUUGAGCCUGGAGAAGAAAUAUCUUGUUAUUACGGAGACGUUUUUGGAGAAAACAAUGAGUAUUGCGAGUGUUACACAUGUGAAAGACGGGGAACUGGUGCUUUUAAAUCGAGAGUGGGACUGCCCACUCCUGCUCCCGUCAUCAACAGUAAAUACGGGCUCAGAGAGACCGACAAGCGCUUGAACAGGCUGAAAAAGCUGGGUGACAGCAGCAAGAAUUCAGACAGCCAGUCUGUCAGCUCCAACACGGACGCAGACACCGCUCAGGAAAAAAACGAUGCAACCGCUAGCAGGAAAUCGUCUGUCGGUGUGAAGAAGAGCAGCAAGAACCGAUCGUUAACGCGGCCAUCAUCGUCGGUGUCACGGAUCCCCGCAUCCUCCAACUCUACCUCAUCGAGACUCACUCCUCUCCACAAUCCCAGGGUACCAAAGAAGUUGAAAAGGCCUGUCAUCAAGCCUUUGCUUUCCAAGAUAAAGCUCAGAAACCAGUGCAGGAGGCCAGAGCCGAAGAGCGCCUCGAGGAAGCUCGAAGUGGGGAGCCUGGUCCUCAAAGAGCCCAAAGUGGUUCUGUACAAAAACCUGCCCAUCAAAAAGGACAGGGCAGCCGAGGGACCAGCGAGCACCACCACGGCCGGCGGGUGCCUGACCCGCCACGCAGCGCGAGAGCACAGGCAGGGGCCCGUGAACGGGGCUCCCGAGCAGGACGGGGAGUCGCCCUGCGCCUACAUCACUCGGAGGUCAGUGAGGACGAGAACGAAUUGGAAGGAGACCUCCGAGCCGGCCCUCGAGCCCAACCUGUCGGGAAGCUCUCUCAAUACCUGGACGGGCACGGGCCCUGACACGGACAGUGUGGAGCCAACCCCCACUCAUGCAGCGUGUGACCAGGAAAAGGCCCCCGAAGCCGCAUCCCCAAAAGGGGAGGGGAGGUCUCCAAAGGAUGAUGUGAGCACGGCCAAAAAGAAAUCACGGCAAGGGAAACUGUUGAAACAGUUUGCAAAAGCAGAGGAGCCCGUUCCAGUCCUGGAUGCCCCUGAGAGCGAUGGAGGGGUGCCCGACCUCAUCAGCUCUCACUCUGACCACGGAGAGCCCAGGGACAGAGCGGACGGACCCAUGGGCCGCCAGGACUGCACGCCUUCCGCGACGGGUGGGUGUUCUGUUGGGACGCCCGACCGUUUCAAAACAAAGGACAACUUUAGAACUGCGAAAAGCAAAAAAAAACGGCGCAUCACAAGGUAUGAUGCGCAGCUGAUCCUAGAAAACAGCUCUGGGAUUCCCAAAUUGACUCUUCGGAGGCGCCACGAUAGCAGCAGUAAGGCCAACGACCAAGACAGUGACGGAAUGAACUCUUCAAAAAUCAGCAUCAAAUUAAGUAAAGACCAUGACAAAGAUAACAGCCUCUACGUCGCCAAGCUCAAUAACGGCUUUAGUUCAGGGUCGGGCAGCGGCAGCUCCACCAAGCUCAAGAUUCAGCUCAAGCGGGAGGACGAGAGCCGAGGCCCCUUCGCGGAGGAGCUGCGCGAGAACGGACUGUGCUGCCCAGAGACCCUUUCGCUGCUGGAGUCGAGCAUGGACGUGGACGAGUACAGCCAGUACGAGGAGGAGAGUGCCGAGGAGUCGUCCUCGGAGGAGGAGGACGAGGACGAGGACGAGGACGAGGAGGACUAUGAGGAUGACUUCGAGGACGACUUCAUCCCGCUCCCACCGGCCAAGCGGCUGCGGCUCAUCGUGGGCAAGGACUCCAUCGACAUCGACAUCUCCUCCCGGCGGCGGGAGGACCAGUCCUUGAGGCUCAACGCCUGAGCCGCGGAAGUCCCGUCCCGGAGGGGUCCGCGUGCGGCAGCCGGUGGACAGCGGCGCCUGGCGGGUGGGCGGGUGCGCCUUUUUAUUGGACUUUUUAAAUAGCCUUCUUACGUGCAAUUCUGAGGUUGAGGGGAUGCCCUGCUGUGAAAUAAAGGCUCCAAGGACGUUGUACAGAGAUCCGCCUUCCCUGCAGGACGGUGGCAGCAAUGAUGUGGCUACACAAUGAUUUUUAACCCUGCGGAGCGUCCCUGCUCUCGGAUAUCUGACUAACCCGUAAUUUACAAAUCACCGUAGCAGCGUAGCGACGUCUCCGAGUGCGUGUUACUAUCACCAGCAAUGACCUGUGACGCUUUGAUUUCCUGGGUAGGUGUCUUGUCCGUUUUACACUGUGUGCUGUCCCAGAUGGAUGGUUGGCGGCCUGGGUCCCGUAGUGAGCCGUUGGCUGGAAGUGAGAUGGAUUUCUUUUUUUUUUUUAAAAAAGUACGGCGACAAUGGUGUUGACAGUUUGCUAACUUGUUAGUACAUUAUAUGUACGAGGGUAGCGGUGUGCGGAACGGAAGUUUGAAUAUGGUGUAUUUAUUGCUUGUUAUGUAAAUUAAACACCUUGUAUUUAACACUUUUCAAUACUUUUAGAUAAAAUUGUUCUUUGCAAGAAUGAUUGGUGCUUAUUUUUUCAACAAUUUGCUGUGAAGCAAUGUGGUGACACCAGGCAGCAUUGACCCCAUGACCCACAGCUCGUCAUUCGGUUCUUCAUCGUUUUCUGUUGCACUUGUAAAAUGCUACAAGGAAUAUAAAGAAAUCUAUUCACUUUAACUUAUACUAGUUUAUGAAAUAAAAACAGGAGUCACAGCUUUUGUUCUGUGGUGCCCUAUACAAAUGUUUGUCUUGGAGAUUCAAUGGAAAGGACUGAAAACACUGUACAUGUUGUAAAUAUUUGUGUGUUGUGAGAAACUUUUGUCAUGAGACAUUAAAAGAACUUACCAGGAAGGUUUCUCUACGUUCAUGCCAAUGCCCCAGGCCGCCCCGCGCAGACCCGCGUCAGUGGUCCCUCCUGGCUCCCAGCCAACGGGAGAGCUGCGGUAAGCACUUUGAAGAGAGGGAAGAAGAAUUCCUAAUCGUUUAACGAACAAAGCAACUUUGAUUACAACUUGGUGUUGAUGCCAGACUCUUGUAUGAUUUCUAUGGAUUAUCUUAUAAAUCACUGAACGCAGAGUCUGAAAGGCUGCUGUGACAGGGGGUGGUCACGAGUCCCAUGGCUGCCCGCUGGCCACAUCUGGAGAAUCAUGCCUAGCAGGGGUUGGGCCGGGCCGGGGAGGAGCCGGCAGUGUCUGCCCCCCGCGACAGACAGACCUUGUCUGGCUCCCUCUGCCCGCUGAAAUGCCAGGGGGUGACCAGAGACGAGGGCCUUCCCACCCUCCGGGUCUGGUUUUUUGUUUUUUUUUUUUUAAAUCCUGCUUCUCAUUCUCCCGGGAGAACGUUCUCUAGUCUCGUCCUCUCCGUUGCCUGUGCAGUUUAGCCCUCCACACGUUCCUUAGGGAGCAGCCGGCCUCGUCUCCAGUUGGUGGGGAUGGAUUUCUGAGGGUGCCAGGUAAUAGUUGCUCUGUAAGCAUGAUGAUCUGUCUGUGAGGGGCUCGCGGCCCUCUGGACAUCACUGAAUCCUUACAGCACCCUCUCUAGGGUAGAGAAAACAGGAGGCCAGGUAAUGUCCCGGACAGGGAAGACUGGUCUCCAGGGCAAGGAAUCAUGUCCUGUCCUUUAAAUCAGUAGUUCUUCACGUUGGGGACUGUGGCAUUGGGGGAUCUGAGUCGGGGAGGGCAGAGGAAUAUCCUGGGUUGGUUCUUUGCAUACUUGGGGCCACCCUUCCAUGGUUCUAGCUUUCGUUGUAAAGUAAUAAAAGAUCUUUAAUUACA